AUCCUGCCAUAACAGGUCGGGCAAUUAGUGCUUAUUGAAAAUAAACAGGGAUGAUCACACCCAACACGAUUUUCUUCAAGGGUGCUUGCAUAGCAAAAUAUUCACUGAUUUACCCAUCCAGAAGCAGUGAAUUUUGCAAGUCAAUGACAUACGAUCUGCUGGUUUUCAUUUGAAUAUGAAAUAAUUAAUCUGUAUGUAUGCUCUGAUUAAGUUGCCUCUGUAAAUAUCAAUAUCUCUGUAAAUGAUUUGGCUAAUGCGCUCUAAAUUGGUACUAUAUAACUAAACUAAAUUCAGAAUCUGUUUAAAGCUGUAACAGAAAAUUGUUCAGAGACAGGAAAUCAAGCAUAAUUCACAUAUUUCUCCUGAAAAAAUACUUAAUGAAGAUUUAUAUCUCAAACUAAGUCUUUCCUGGAAGAAAUUGACAUGAAGCCCUAUGUUGAGUUAUUGAUUUGAUUUCUGGGACCUUUUUUUGUUCUUUAGGUCAAGAGAAAUUCUUACCGUUGGGUGGUUGCUAGGCAACCCUACCUUUUACCUUUUGGAAUGUUCUAGUUAAUAUCACCGUGUUUUGACUGUUAAGACCCAUCCCCCGUGUGAUGACUGUUAAGACCCCGCCCCCCUGUGAUGUCAGAAGAAUAUUUUGAAUGUUCUGACAUCACUGUUCUAAGCUCAGAAUUCCUUUCAACUGCCAGAGUAACACAAGGUCGACACGAGUUCAGAGCGUUUUGGCUUGAAAGUAAACUGAUAAUUGCUAAAAUACACAGAAGACAAAGAUUCUGCAGAUAUUUUUACAACUUUAGCCCUCAUGAGUAAUCAAGAGAACAGCAGAAUGACACUAGAAAGUCCAAGAAAAAGAAAAAACAGCACCAUAGAUGAGACCCCGAGAAAAAAGUUUAAGCUAUCUACAGGGGAUUGGCACUACAUAUGCUGCCUGGACCAGAUCAGUACAGUGAGAAGCAAAAACAGGAAAAUGUUUGAGCAUGGAGACUCCACCGCCAGAAAAAAGUUUAAGGUCUCUAUGGGGGAAGAAGUCUACAAAAGUUGCCUGGACCACAUCAGUACAGCAUCGAGCCGUUCCCCUCUGAGUGAGUACUUAACAGAAAAACAAAACUUAAAGAAAAGGAGUCUAAAGAGAAAGGCAGAGGACUUUCUAGAGUCACCGAAUGUGAAAAGAGUAAAGACAGAGAACACCAAUGAUAACACAGCGGAUUCCCUUAAAGCCAAAUUUACGGAAACCUAUGUUGAGCAAACACAAAUUGGAGAGGGAGGCUGUGGAUCUGUUUUCGCUGGUUAUCGUGUGCAUGAUAAAUUACCUGUAGCCAUCAAACACAUUAAAAAAGACGAUGACAUGCUAAUACAUGUGGAUGAGAAUGGAAAGCAGAUGCCCUCUGAGGUAGCUAUCAUGUUAAAACUGAGGGAUAAAACAACCAGUUCAGUGGGGCAGUCAGCUAUCGUGUCCAUGCUAGACUGGUAUGAUCUGGAUGAGGAACUGAUUUUAGUUAUGGAGAGACCCAUGCCUGCUGAGGACCUCUUUUACUACAUUCAAAAACACAAUGGUCGCAUAACGAUGAAGAAUGCCAAGAUCAUGAUAAAACAGCUGCUAAAAGCAUUAAUUCACCUUCAGGAGGCAAACAUCUUCCACAGAGACAUUAAACCUGAGAACAUCCUGAUAGAGACCAAGUCAAAAGUCCCAAAACUUUAUCUUAUAGACUUUGGUCUAAGUUGCUUUGAUGACCAAAAACAAUAUGAUUAUUUCUAUGGUACUCCGGUCCAUAUCCCACCAGAAUUCAAAAAACAAGGGUUCCUCAGUUCUGGACCAACAAAUGUGUGGCAGGUGGGCGUAGUCCUGUAUUUCAUUCUGCACAAAAAACAGUUCUUUACUAAAAGAUUCCUGUCAAAUAAGCUAAAGAUCAACAAAAGGCUAUCCAAGAAAUGCACAGAUUUUCUAACAAAGUGCCUGACAGUAGACCCAAAAGAACGCCCCACCCUAGAAGAGCUGUUACACCACCGGUGGUUGUUGAAAGAAGAUACUCAAAUAUAACCAGAAAACAGCGGCACACUUCAUAAGAAAAGUUUUACAAUGCAGGAAUUUCACAAUAAUUA